AAAGCCCAAAACCAAUCGAUAAUGCUACACCAAAAACGCUUGGUUGAGGAGAUUUUGCGUGAUAACAAAAUUGUUUCCUUUAAUUUUUCUCGAUUUUUUCUCAAUCUCUCAAAUUCAUUCAGAGUAAUGGGAACUUAAUAUCAGAAAUCUAUGGCUUCCCUAUGUAUGAACUCAUCCCUACCACUCUCACCGUCUUCUCAUCCUCGAAAUCUCACUCAAACCUCUCUUUCUUCAUCAUCUUCUUCUUUGUUUGUUGAUAACGACAAUAACAAUCAUCAUAACAGCCUUAGAACAUCGAGUACCUUGAAACCUAUUGUUGUUAGUGGAAACCCUCCCACUUUUGUUUCCGCUCCUGGCCGCACUAUUCUCGCUGUUGGUGAUCUUCAUGGAGACCUUAAGCAAGCUAGAUCUGCACUUGAAAUGGCUGGUGUGCUGAGCUCUGACGGUCAAGACUUGUGGACCGGUGGAGAAAAUGUGUUGGUUCAACUUGGAGAUAUCUUAGACCGAGGUGAAGAUGAAAUCGCUAUCUUGUCCUUGCUACGGUCAUUAAAUAAACAGGCAAAAGAAAGCGGUGGAGCUGUGUUUCAGGUUAAUGGAAACCACGAGACGAUGAACGUGGAAGGGGAUUUCCGAUACGUUGAACCUGGUGGAUUUGAUGAAUGUAGUGAUUUUGUGGAAUAUAUCAAUAAUUCAGGUGAUGACUGGGAAGAAACAUUUACUAGUUGGGUCGAUGUAUCUGAAAAGUUGAAAGGAGAUCGAACAAUGUCAACAAAUCAUUGGGGACCAUGGAAUUUAGUGAAGAGGCAAAAGGGAGUCAUUGCUAGAUCAAUCCUCUUUAGGCCUGGUGGGCCACUGGCAUGCGAGCUUGCAAGACAUGCUGUUGUGCUUAAGGUUAAUGACUGGGUCUUCUGUCAUGGCGGUCUUCUUCCUCACCACGUUGCAUAUGGUUUAGAGCGGAUGAACAAAGAAGUGUCUGAGUGGAUGAGAGAUCCGAGUAAGAAUGAAAGUACUUUCCAACUCCCGUUCAUUGCCACCAGGGGUUAUGACAGUGUUGUUUGGAAUCGGUUGUAUUCAAGAGACUCACCAGAUUUGAUGGACUAUGAAGCUAAUCAGGUAUGUUCCAUUCUCGAGGAAACACUGCAAGCAGUCGGUGCUAAGGCUAUGGUGGUGGGACAUACUCCUCAAACUAUUGGUGUAAAUUGUAAAUACAAUUGUAGCAUAUGGCGCAUAGAUGUUGGAAUGUCCAGUGGAGUCCUUAAUUCAAGACCAGAGGUUCUAGAAAUUAUAGACGAUAAAGCAAGAGUUAUUAGGAGCGAAAGGGAUACAUACAGUGAACUUCAAGCGGCUGCAUAUACUUAAGGACAGACAAUUGAUAUAACAAAAUUAUGGGCAUACAGCUAUUUAAAUCCAACAUUGGCAAAUUUAGUGGACACCCUUUGGCAAAAAUUCACAUACAACUUGUGAAGACUCCAGCAGUGGAUUCAUUUUGGCAGUUGAAAGAAUAUUGUAUCAUAUGUCAUUUUAGUGAGAUACAAUUUGAAUUUGAAGCCAAAUGUAUCUUUUAAAGUUAAAUGUAGCAUGUGAAUGACUUGAAAGCAAUGUGAAAAUAGGAUGCACGUGAAUAAAAGUUGGAAAAUUGGAAAGAUUGAAUAUAUCAUCACAAUUAUACGAGUAGUUCCAAUGUAAACUGCUCCAUUAUGUUUGUUCCCAUUUCAAAUGUCUUGUGAAU